AUGCUACUUUCCUGCACUUUUCCACUAUCAAUUGUUGAUAAUAAUGAAUUUAGACAAUUUUGUAGUUUACUUGAUUCAAGAUUUAAACUUCCUGAUAGUGAUAUCGUAAGAAAUAUAUUUAUUAAUACAUAUAAUAGAACUGAAAUGCUCAUUCAAAAGAAAAUUAUAGAAACUGCUAAGUUUCUAGCUAUUACUUUAGAUAUUUGGACACACUCUUAUUUUGAAAGUCAAUUAUAUAAAUCUAAAUUAACUUAUGAAAAUAUCAUUAGUAUUACUACAAACAAUAUUGAUAACGUUGUGAAAGAGUCUUUGCCACAAAUGCAAAUUGAAAUCAUUUCAUGUUUUGCAGAUAUUUUACAAUUUAGCGUUGAAUCAGCGCUUUCUUUUGCCAAUGAUAUUAUAAACAAAUCAAAAAAUUUGAUCGAAAUUUUAAGCAAUAACACGAAUCGACAAAAAUUAAGAGACAUUUAUGCAGAAAAUGAAAAACUAAAAGAAAAUAUGUUUUCAGAUAAUGAAUUUGAUAUAUGUAGAGAACUUGACAUUAUCUUAAAUUUAUUCUAUGAAUUAACUGAAAUGUUAAAAGGUUCAAAAUAUCCUGCAUUGAGUUUUGUGACCCCAGCAAUUGAAAAUCUUAGACAACGUCUUAAUAUUUAUCAAUCUAAAAAUGAUGUUAUUCAGCAAAUAAUAAAUAAUAUACUAGAUAUUCUUACAAAAAACUUUGGCGUAUCUUCAAUUCUUGGACUAUAUGGAUUUUUUUUUGAUCCUCAUUUCAAAAAGAUACUUUAUAUUGAUAGAGUUCUUCGAUGUCAAAUUUUAGAUAAACUUCGGGAACAAUUUACAGAACUUGUAAAACCAGUAACUCCCAACAAUUUAGAUAAGGACUCAAAAAUGUUGACAUUUUUUCAAAUAUAUUUUCAAGAAAAUGUACAAACUGAGUUUGACAAAUAUCUUGAUUUAUCUCAAUUGCCUAUAACUAAAGAAAAUAAUCCUUUGGCAUGGUGGCAUGAGAAUAAACAUUUGUUUCCUACGAUGGCAAAACUUGCAAGGAAAUAUCUAGCAAUCCUAGCCUUUUCUGCUCCUAAUGGAGGACUGUUUUCAAGUAUAAAAAAUCACAGUUUAGAUCUAGAUAUUGAUUUAAUCAAUCAAAUUAUAUUUUUAAAAUAUAAUUUAUUAUAA